CAGGUAUUUUCAUCCGGACAAUGUUGAGGCCUACAAUGUGGGUGACAUGCGGCAUGAGUCAAUCUUUUGUCAGUACUUUCAGAAUAGUAAAUGUACCCGUGAGAACUGCACAUUCAUUCACGGGACGAAGGGGGAAGAGAAUUAUUACAAUAAAACAGGAAAGCUUCCUGCUCACUUGCAACAGACAGUGGCUGUGACCUUUGGGCUUUCACCCUCUAAUCUUCCUCUUAUUACAAAGGAGAUCCCAUUCUGUCGUGACUUUCUAAAGGGCAAAUGUCGAAGAGGAUCCAAAUGUAAAUUCCAGCAUUUGAAACGUGAUGACAAUGAUAAAAAAAGUGUAGAAAGAGUGUCGUCACAAGAUAGAGAACUUUCUCCUGAGAUUUGUAGAUAUGACCGUUUGGAUGACCUCUAUGAGACAGAGAGAUGUGAUUACGACCAACAUCCGAAAAGGAGAAGGGUGGAGGGCCUGCGUUUUGAAGUAUUUGAUUACAGCACUCCUAGUCUGCGCCCAGGUGAACUCAGUUUUUUGGAGGAGGAAAACCAUAUGCUCAGAAAGCGCAAUGAAGAACUCAAAAAGCAGGUGUCAAGCUUAAUGCUGACUAAUGAGGUCCUUCUGGAACAAAAUGCAGAUCUGCGCAAGCAGGUGAAGUUGGGGAUCCUGAACACUGGGGCUGACCCAACACAACACCCAGCUUUGCACACUGUUACCAAUUAUAACCGUAGCAUAGUAAAGACUCACACCACCCUGAGCAACCAGACACUGAGAUCACAACCCAUUUCUCAUCAAGAGUUGAUAGCGCAAGCUCGAGCUCAUAAUGCAUUGUGUUCUGAAGCCACAUCCCAAAGUCCUCCUUGUCUUAGCGCUUCUAUCUCUGCACCCUAUGCUCAGGGGAUGACUUCACCAGUUUCAAUGGCACCACUUGCCAUCUCUACACCUGUGGCAGUUACACAAUCACUGCCAGGAAUUGCCAUGAGUUAUACCACCACUCAAAUGGUCAGUUACCCAAAUGCAUCCCAAAGUAUGAGGUUCCUCUGUCGUGCAGAAGAGAGUUGAGCAACAAAACUGCAAAGUCAAUGAGAGAGAAUAGGAAACAUCUACAUUCAUACAGAGUCACAACUUACUAUAUAUAGAAGGUAGCUAUAUAUGCACAUGUAUAUGACUUGACUAAAAUAUUUUUUAGUCAUCCAUAUUGUAAAUGUAUGUUGAAUGGUAAUGUCCAACUACCCCUACUAAAAAUAUUUGUGAUGUUGAGCGAGGAGAAAAUCUGGGACAGAAUUCCAUGUUUCGGCGCUUCGGCGGGUCGGUGUGGACUUGUUGGGCCGAAGGGCCUGUUUCCACACUGUAAGUAAUCUAAUCUAAAAGAAUCUGGCCCAGUGUAAUGUUUCCUUCCCUUGGUUGAAUAUUCUGCUGACCUCCAGUAUCUAGGCUCAACCGAAAGAUAACCACUUGGAUGAGGUUUCAGCAGACACCUUGUUGAAUGAUACUUCAGCAUGGUGUCAAUGCCAUUGGGUGAGGAGGAGGAGGAGAGUAGAAAACUGACAGGAAGGUGCGGGGGGGGGGAAGGCUUACAAUUAUACAUAGGGUAUAAAAGUGUACUGUAGUAAAUAACAUAGAAUACAAUGUGUGAAAUAUUGGCAGUUUAUUUCUAUUUGAAGUUGUAUGAGUAAUACAUUAUUGUGCCCAUUUGAUUCUUCACUUUAACAAAUGACAACAUUGGUAUGUCAAUGACUUCCUCUACUGCAUGGUAGGUUUGACGAUCUGAGGGAGAUGCAAAGCAAAGUAUGGUACUUCCAAUUGGAGAGAUGGCAUUUUGAAAAUGAACCUGUGCCCUGCAUCCAAUUUGUUUAAGAAAAACAGCAGUUUCCCAAAUUUUCUGUAUAGUUAUUAACUUCAAGGUAAAUUUUAACUUGUUGCAAGUUUUUUUUUCAGAUGUUUCCAAUAUUUUUAUUCUAUUACAGAUUUCUAACUUGCUAAAAUUAGACAUGAGAAUUUCUAUUUACAUAACGGUUACAUUACUAUCAACUGGGGAGCCAUGUAGAAAAUGCACUCAAGGAAGGAUUAAGAAGCCAAAACCAACACUGAGAAGUUUGGGUCUGCAACAUGGGAAAUAUGAAUUUUUACAAAUUUUAGUCUCAAAAUACAGUAAACCCUUUAUUAUUCUGAGUCCCUGGGAUUUCUCAGCAUAAAGUGCAAUGCCAAGAUUGUCUAACUGCAGUCGGCAGGUCUUAAAUUCAUAGAUGUUCAAAAUAGGACUUCUAGUACAACUUUGAAAAUGGUCCAUUAAGCAUGUUUUCAUCCAUUUUAAUGCUGAUAACUUGUUCGUGUGCAUACUGGUGUUCAUGAAAAGAAGUUCUGAUUUAUUGAAAAUCUGAAGAUGACAGUUGACUUCCACUGUAUGUAAAUAUAGAUUAUAUGACAAAGAAUGUACAGCAGUGUUGUCACUUAUUGUUAGGAUUAAAAUAGGAGCAGAAUGGAUGAACUCACACUGUUUCUGAAUAGAGCCAAGUGAACUGUGUCUUUAGGUGUGUUUUUCCUUUUGGGUAUGACAUGUAAUACCAUUUCUCAAAGUUAAACUUUCCCACUGAUAAGAACCUCCAGAAUAACCUAAAUUUCCAGUUUACUUCUGUGUCUUGCUUGAUUGAUAUUGUGUAAGUUUUUUAAAAAUCACAUUUGUGAGAAAAUUAAACACAAGUUUUCUCCAUGCUGUGUAUAACUACAUUUGUUAUCAGUUUACUUUUUAAAUGUUGAUCUGUAAACAUUUUUUUAGUGUGAAAUAUGAACUAUUCAUUUUUAGAUGGCAAGAUUCUUUAAGAAGGGCAAUCUAGUGGUUUUAACCAUUCAGAAUAAUUCUGGUCAGUUUGCUAAGUACCCUGUUUUAAGCAAGUCCCAUCUGUGGUUGUGACUCAAAUGUAUUGGUUCUUUUAUUCACCAUUACUAAAUUAUAAUGUUUGAUUUGGAGGAGGCUGGGAGUGGAGACUGGAAGGUAGAAUGUUUUCCUACAGAUGUGUGCACUGUCUCCUGGCAGAUUAAAUUAACACUGAUUUGUUCUGCUUGCUAAAGAUGGACACAGAUGUUCCAUAUAGAGGACAUGAGUUUUGACCUACAAUCCCCAGUUCAACCACAUCACUGAAGAAAGUUGCUGAACAGAGACCAACUAUUUCGCCAUAUUCAAAGUAUGGGGCAGUAGCAGGAGGGUUUGUCCGAGGUGUUCUUGUAUGUCCAACAGCAGCCAGUUUCAGAGCAGUAUAAGCAAAGGCUGGGUGAAGGACACCCAUUUUCUUAUCUGUGGGCAGUUUAUGAACCAAGGAUUUUUUUUUGUGUAGAAAGACUUGUCUCUUUCUGAACAAAGUUUUAAAACAUUGUAUUUCUGUUGGAUACUAAUGUGUG